AUGUAUCGCAGGAGAACUUCUUCAAGAUUACUUCGCAGUCUCACUCUAGUACAACGCCAUGCUUAUCCUAUGUUUUAUGAACUCAAUUUCGAAGCCAUUUGUCGAUUUCCUGCGAGUGGCAGUGCUUUCGGGCUAGAGCUUCUCUAUAAUGAUCAUACAGUCAGAGACAACACGUUUUAUAGAAAUGAUGGUUCAUCAGUCGGCUCAGAACGAAGUUGGUGGCUUAAUCCAUUGCCAAGUAGUCAUCAUUUUGUAUGCUCGCGAUCAGAAACAGUAUAUACCUAA